UACAGAAAAAUCUUGAAACCAUAAGUAGGAAAACAGAACAACUUAUUCGAUCAGCAAUUGAAAAUAUUGAUGUGAAAUCGAACUUUUUCUCCACAAUUGCGGGUAGCCGAACGUUAGCCAUGCUUGCUUCCUUCAAAAGUGGCAGAGAAAUUAUAAAAGCAAUAGUGGUUAAACCUAUUCCUAUAAGUAUUUUUAGCUACGCUAGACCUAUAUCAAAAUUGCCUGAUCCAGAUGAAGAUGAAGAUGAAAGAUAUGAAAGAAAGCAGGCAGAAAAAAAACAACGAGAAAAAUGGGAAAAGAUGGAAAAAAAGCUCGGUAAUACAAAUGCAUCGGCAAAAACAUCUCUUUACAGAAAUUCUAUAAGAAAACCGAGUAGAGUAACGGAAGACAGUCAAUCCAUUGCCUCGAACGAGAAUGUGUUGACAGUUUUAAUCAAUGAAUUGAGCUACGAUAUGUAUCGAUUAAUUUUCAACAGAAUCUUAUCUGAUUCUAAAAAAAUGGGUCCUGGUUGCCUUUCAUCGCUAACGGAAGCACUCUUAUUACUUCAAGAAGAGGGAAAUAGUGAUCUUCUGCUUAGUAGCAGUCAGAAGCUGUCCUACUUGGAAAUCGAAAAAGACAAGCUAGGUGUUUUGGAAUCGGAAAUAAGUCACGUUAUGAACGUAAAGGCAUUGAAAAAGGAAUAUAUUUCAAGCUUUAGAAAUUUAGAAACUCAUGCAAUAAUGGAGCAAAUCACAAAGUAUAGCAACUUUCAGCUUAUAUUCUACAAAAUCAAAUGCAUAUAUCAUCACAGUGAUUUUUAUAACGAAGCCUUUAAUGAUAUCAGAAAAAAAGUUAGACGUUUUUGGAGGCUUAAUAUUAGAAACAACUGGAGAAAAUUGUUCAUGCAAUCAAGAAAAGAAGGGAAAAAGCUAUCUAAAGUAUGUGUGGUGCCGCUUCCUCACUUUAACUCAUACAGCAAUUUUCCCGAAGACAGGCCUAGAAACACUAAUUAUGGGAUCAGCAAUGUCAAUACCCACAAAGACAGCAGCGCGUUUGUCCGAGUUGCACUAGAUCAAAACAGUAAUAACAUCUUUAGACAAGGCGAUACAGUGCUUGAAGUCAUGCUUCAAUAUAAGUGGAGGGAGUUUGCUCGGUGGAGGUUUGUUGGAAUUUGUGCAGUACAUGUCGUAUAUUAUAUAUCAUACUCUACGGGUGUACUAUUCGCUGAGGAGCUGUAUGAACAAAGUUCUGAAAGAUAUGUUAUAAAAGAUCCAGGGCAAAUUAUUUCAGUGACCUUGAUGUGUCUCUCGGUUUCUUUACUUAUACUACAAGAGAUUCGCCAAUUCUGGAAGACUCAUAGUAGACUGGACUACUUUUUUUCGGGAUACAACUGGAUUGAUAUAUCUGCAUUUGUAUUUCCUAUAUUCACUCUCAUUCAAUUGAUAUGUGGCUGGGACAAUUUUUACGAGGUCUGCAGUGUCAGCACUCUAAUUUUGUGGACACACGGUAUAUUAAGACUACGUGUAAUAUCGUACUUUGGUAUCACUUUGGAGACUAUUAUACAGCUUAGUAAAAAUGUCGCAGCGGUGCUUUUUAUUAUGCUACUAGUCAUUAUCGCUUUUACCAAUGCUUACAUCGUCUUAUUGCGUCAACAGUUUCAUGAGUAUUUUCAAGAAAAUUAUAGUGGCACUUUCAGUGUUGCAGAUAAUGGACCAUCUGGAGAAGCUAAUUUUGCAGAUGUCAGUGCUGACAAUGGCUUCCAAGAUUGGUUUAAAGCUUUUUCUCAAGUUUGGUUCUUUGUUUAUGGCGUAUGGGAUCCUUUGAAUGACGGCGACGCAGGAGAUAACAAAAUGAUUAUGUGUAUUUCUAUCAUCUUUUCUCUAGUAACUGUACUCAUAUUUUUCAACUUGGUUAUCGCCCUUAUGGCGAGCACAGUUGAAGAAGUGAAGAAGCGAGGAAAGAAGGUUUGGGUUAGUCAUUUUGCUGCUGUUGUUUCAGAAAUUGAACUUUUAUGGUGCUUUGACAACUCCAAACAUUGCCGGAAGAAUAACCCGACAUACAUAUAUUACAUAGCAAGCUACGAUUCUGUGAUGAAACACGAAGAGAAGCUUCGUGAAGAGACGGCCGCCCUUUUAAAAAAAAUGAAUGCAAAUUAUCUCUAGUCUAUAAAUUACGGAAGACCGUCUUGAUUUAUUAUGACAUAACUAUAAUCAGUAUUAAAUAAAAUAAAAUCUUAUUAUCUUAACCAAA